CAAGGUCCCCAAGGCAGCGCUAUUCACCUAGUCACCUAUUCACCUUGACGGGGCUCAACCAUCAUCCGACUUGCCGAACCCAACAACCAACCUACCCGCCUCGACACAUACUCCUCGCAUUUCCUGCUUCGGUCUACCUUCCUCCCACGACUGACUCAUCAGGGACAAUACAUUACGAUCGAUCUUUUUGUCUCCUAAGACGCCGUCCUCCCGACCGCCCACAGGCAACCCCAACAGACGACGACGCUCCUUGAUCUAACCGCCGACCGCCGACCGCCGACCGAUCUAUCCUACACCUCCUCUUCUCCUCAACAGUCCCUUAACCCACCUCACAAUAUGGCUUCUCGUGGCGGUCCUGGUGGUCCCGGCGUAAGGGGAAUGAACACCCGUUUCGCGCAGUUCAAGCUUGUUCUUCUGGGAGAGUCGGCUGUUGGAAAGAGCUCAAUCGUGCUACGGUUCGUUAAGGAUCAAUUCGACUCGUAUCGGGAGUCGACCAUCGGCGCGGCUUUCUUGACACAAACCAUCUCUCUCGACGAAAACACCACAGUCAAGUUCGAAAUCUGGGAUACCGCCGGCCAGGAACGGUACAAGUCCCUCGCCCCUAUGUACUACCGAAAUGCCAACUGCGCCGUGGUCGUCUACGAUAUCACCCAAGCUUCCUCCCUCGACAAGGCCAAAGCGUGGGUCAAGGAGCUCCAACGCCAAGCAAACGAGAACAUCAUCAUCGCCCUCGCCGGCAACAAGCUGGACCUGGUCAACGAGCAACCCGACAAGCGGGCCGUGCCGACCGCCGAAGCCGAAGCCUACGCGAAAGAAGCCGGUCUGCUUUUCUUCGAGACGUCGGCCAAGACGGCCGAGAACGUCGGCGAACUGUUCACAGCCAUUGCGAAGAAGCUGCCGCUCGACCAGGUCGGCCCCCGGCAUACGCGGCCAGGCCAGCGCCAAGGCGUCAGUCUGACACCCGAGAGCCCCAACAGCAAUGUCGGCGGUCCGUGCAGCUGUUAAGCGUGUGCGUUUUGCGUACGCCGUUGGACGUUGGACGUUUAUGAAUGGGAGCAACCGGUGCGUGGUGGUGGUGGUGGUGGUGUAGGUGACAAUUGAGAUUGCGGGGGGGCGAGAGGGGUGAAAUAUCUCUCUUUGGGACCAAGUACGACGACGAC